AUGGAGGUACAGGUGUGUUUUGCGCUCUCACUGAUCGCUUUGCUGGGCGUCGCCGAUGCUCAGGUUCCUCACUGGGGGGCGUGUCCCGAACCGAGCACUCAGCCCGCCUUCAACCUCAAACGGUUUAUGGGUCGCUGGUUCGAGGUGGCGAGGCUCCCGGCGCAAUUUGAGAAGGGCCGAUGUAUCGAGACGAACUUCACACUGACUUCUGAGAGCUCGGCUCUGGUCCAGAGCUCCGAGGUCCUAAAAGGUGAAGUGAAGAGGAUCGAAGGAACCGCUGUGGUCGAUGACCAGAAGAACCCGGCUAAACUGGGCAUCAGCUUUUCCUACGUUCUUCCCUACACUCCGUACUGGGUUCUCUACACGGAUUACGUCAGCUCGGCCGUAGUCUACUCCUGCACUGAUGUUCUCAGGAUCUUCCACGUGGACUUGGCCUGGGUUCUGGGACGCAGCCGACGUCUCCCCGAGUCCACCGUCCUGCGCGCCAAGCAGAUCCUCAUGGAGAACCGCAUCGACGUGAGCCGCAUGAUCGCCAGCCCGCAGGAGGACUGCGACCGAGCCGUGUAGACCCGGGCCGUGUUUCAGUCCUCUCUGUAGUUCAGGUUCCCUCAUCCUGGUCCGUUUAUUACACAUCUGUAUCUGUAACCAUGAUUCUAGAACUAC